AUCGGAAUUAUGGGAAAAGCAUUCCAGUAUGAUUUGAGCUGUCAUUCACAACGAGGUUACGCGACAAUACACGACAUCAGACGAUCCGUACUUAUUGCAACGGCCUACUUUUCUCUACCUGGAAAAUAAACCUGUAAAAUACGCUAGACUUGCCAACUCGCAACGACAGCAAUGUACACCCUUCCUAUUAUUUAGUGAUAAUCGGUACAUUAUUCAAAGUGGUUGACGCGGCAUUCGCGAAUAAAUUCGACUUCGCACAUUUUUGACUAUCGAAAAACAAAACUCCGAAAAAGUGAAAAUUCCUUUGCUAAUUAGUGAUUUAAUUAGUACCGAUUGAUAAGUGUUCAAUAUAACACAUACAAAGGCAACUUAUUAUGUGUACAUGCAUACAUAUAUUCAUUUAAAAUAAAAAAGUAUACGUAUUUAUAAUUUGUUGGAUUAAUGACCUGCUGUAUACAAAAUCACAUGUUGAUAUACUAUCUUAUUUAUAAUCCUUAUCAACCUGACCAAAAACAAAAACAAAAAAAUAACUAAUUUGCAAUAACUAAAGAAUUUUGUAUUUAAGUGUAUGUAAAAAAAUCAAUUGUUUUUAAAUGAGAAUGGAAGAUCCAAACCUCGCCGAACAGUAUGUGCAAGAAUUUGUCCUCGAUCAUCUCGAGGAUGGUUCUGCCACUGUUACCGCUAUUGGAGUGAAACGUGAAGAUCACAGCCCUACGGCGGGCACAAAAAUCGCUUGGACAACAACUGCAAUUACACCGGAAGAGGAUGAAGCUGCUGGUCCCCCAACCAUCAAAAUGCGUGCCUUUCCGCAGAACUGGCAAAUCGACGAGCGACGACUUCAUCCAUUGUCACCCCCGCCAGAAAUUUAUACACAUGGUCCUAUGGCCGGGCAAGCUAUACUUGUGAAUACGUCAGUGCCCGGUGGUGUACCUUCGACACCACCUGAAACUCCGCCAGUUAUCAGUUCACCCGCAGCUACAUAUGCCACAAUUACAAAUGCUCCAUAUCCAACCCAUCGCACACCCACCGCCAGUACUGGUCUCACGCAAGAAAUGAUGUGGCUGCCAAACUCCAUGCGAUCAGAUCCACAACCACUUGAUCUUCGACCACUUGCCUGUCCCACACAUGAAGAAGAGUGGGAGCGACAACGUGAAUACAUGCAUGCCACCGCAGCUGUGGCGGCUGCCAAUCAUCAUCACGGACACUUGGUAGCGCAAUCACAACAUCACCCGCAUCAUCACCACUUUCAGCCGCUUGAACACUUAGCACCUAUUAACAUGCAUUCAUCAUAUCACAACGGUAUAAUAAGUGGCACGGCAAGCCUAGGAGUUAGCGGUAAUGGCAAUCAAGCACCGUCUAAUGCUCCACCGACUGUGGUUCAUCUUAGCAGACCAAUGUCAGUGAGCUCAACUCGCUCAUCCACCAACUCUCCACGCACCUGUUCCAGACAAUAUAGCACAUCCAGUAAUUUGGGUAUUGACGAUUGUAUCAAUGACGAUCUGUUAACAACACUUACCGUUCGGGAAUUAAACAAACGGCUGCAUGGGUGUCCACGUGAAGAAGUUGUACGUCUCAAAGCGAAACGUCGCACUCUCAAAAAUCGGGGGUAUGCACAAAAUUGCCGAUCCAAACGUUUACUGCAACGUCAUGAGCUGGAGAAAACUAAUCGCCAGCUAAAUCAAGACUUGGAUCGAUUAAAAUAUGAAUUUUCACGAGUAUGUCAGGAACGCGAUCAACUUAAACAACGCCUCCAAAUGCGCACGAGCAAUAAUAGUGGCAGUGUAAUCGCCACACUAGCUAAUGUUAGUGAUGGCAGUACAUCAGGUAUAAUAACCGCCGGACAACAGAACUUGAAUACCGAUAGCCAAAAUUCGCCGGAGUUCUAUCUUUGACGUCAGCUAGCUAUCAGCGGACAACAUGCUGCGGCUGCAGCCGCAGCUGCUUCUAACCAUCAUAUGCCACAUCCAGAACCACAUCCUCAUUCGCACCAAUGGUCAUCACGAUAUCAUCAGCCAGGAAGUACUGUGACAAUCUGAAUACAUUGAUUCCAAAGCCGCGAAAAUACUUCUAAUCCAUAAUUGGAUUACUUCAACCGUGAUUUGUGCACUCUUUGUAUUGUAUAUACAUACGAGUAUGUUCUCAGAUGAUUGUAAAAUAUAAACAGUAAAACUUUUAGCGCCCAAGUAUUCAAAUAUAUACAUGUGCGAGUACUUGUAAAGGAAUAUUACAUUUUGACAAAGCUACCCAUCGCUUAUAAUGCACCUAAUAAGAAAUAAGCACAACCCAGAAACAAUUUAUAUACAUACAUACAUAGAAAAUGAAUUGCAUUUCCUUCGAAUUUUGUGGUCAAUAUUUAAUUGUAUCAUUCAAACAAUGCAUUAAACUUAAAAACAAUGAGAUCAGUUCCUGUAUUCGAAGUGCAAAUAAUGUAAAUAUUUUGUUUAACAGACUUAAAUAUAUUGUACAUACACGUACAUACAUUCAUACGAGUAUAUAUGAGUUUUCUAAAAAAGUGCGCAGGGCCCGCAUGAGAAGUGAUUAGAUAAAUUCAUUCAUAAAUAUUUGACAAUAAAGCAAAAGUUGUAUUUAGUUUAUAAUUACAUUGUAUAUAUCUAAAUAGUUUGUACACACAUACAUACAUAUGUUUAUCAUCAGAAUGUUUGUGCAUACAUAUAAUAUAUAAGUGAGUAAGUGUGUAAGAUUGUACAAAUGAUGUGAUUAACUAUGCAUGCGCUAAAGAAUAUUUCGAAAUUGCUCUUGCAUUUCUAAUAUCUUACAAUACAAGCUAUGAUCUAAAGGCUAAAUUAUUAACUAAUUUUUAAUUAUGUAUAAACCGCGUCAAAACUUUACACACACAAAUAAUUAUAUGCAUUUGUGAUCAGUUGCCGUGCUUAGUGUUCUUAUUGUGUUUAAAUAUCGCCUUUAUUGGCAAUACAUGUAAUAGAGAAUGAAAAUUAAUUGUUGUGUCCUUUAAUUUUAAUUUAAUAAUAAUUUUUUA